GAAGUGUAUGAUAAACAGUCAGGCGGUUCAAAUUCCUUUGCGAAGGGAAGCACUCGCACCAGCGAAAGUGUCCCUCUUGUUGUGCAUUUUCAUCAAAACUGGCAAGUAAAGCAAAAAAACAAUCAAACACCGAAACGAACACAUAAAAUAGAGAAAGUGCUUCUUCUUUUCCACAGCAGAAAUCGUAAAAGCAGCGGCAGACGACAAUAAGCAACGAAAGGGGAAAAACAAAGAAGACGACCAACCACGUCUACCCCUCGGGCAGCUGUUUCCUCACGUGGCAGGCGACUCUUUCUUUGGACAUCUGAAUCGAUACAACAAUGGUUCCUUUUCAGACGGAGCGUUUUCUCAAGGACAUCAAGCAUGUCGACAAAGACCUGCGGUUGAUGGCUUUGUUUGAUCUCCGCCGCUUUCUGCCAAGCGCAGAAGAAGGCAGCAUUCCUAACGAGGUGAUGGAGAAAACGCUGGUCUGUCUCUCACCUGAUGAGAGAUGUGAGGAGGUGCAAAACGAAGCUGCGAACGUCCUCCCUGCCAUGGUCGUCAAGUGUCAGCAGCGGGAAACUAUACUGAAACGCCUUUUACUGAUUGUUGCUCUGAAGCCCCUAUCCAGCGGCAGCGAGGCGAUGAAUCUGCACUAUUUGUGUAGAAUGGCGUUCAAGAAGUGCUGCAUCGAGUUCGCUGAGGAGGCACGCCGAAACGUUGUUUUCUGGCAGAAGCAGCUGAACGUCGCACGUGCGCUCUGCACUGGAUGUGCUGAAAACCUUGCCUCGAGCAACUUAGAUGAGGCGACGCGGGAAGUUAUGUACAGCGCCGUGAAUGCCCUCGUCUCCGCCUACAGAAACGCUCUAGACGACCGCGCUGCGCUGAUCACGCAGGCGGUGGAAGACUUUCAGUCUGCCGCCUCCAUUCGCCACGCAAGCCUCACCCUGGUGGAGUCGCUGAUCGCGUCUGUUGACGCAGCGACGCGGGAAAAGGUGCUGAACGACUCAGUAGCGCUGCUCCUUGGCGCCAAAACGAGCGAGCUUUACGUUUCGUAUCUGCAGCUGUGCGAGGUGGAGCUGAAGGCACUUCGGAGGCCCCCUCAGCAGGUGGUACAGAGGGUGUUUGAUUCCGUCUGCGAGCGCCUGCGGCAUGCUACGGAGCAGUUUGACGGGGCGGAGGACAACAGCGAGAUACUCUUGGAGGUGCUCGACUCACUUCUGCAUCUCAUUCCAGGUGACGGUUGCAGCUUAGGCUGGCAGACCAGUUUCGCAGCGAUCAAGGACUUGAUCAGCUUUGAUCCCUACUGCACCGGUGCCGAGGCCGAACCUGCCGGUGACGACGGCUACGACGACGAGUACGACGAAUACUACGACUACAACAACGAAAUGGCCGACGCGACGUGGAAGCUGCGCACGCAGGCGGUGCGCGUUCUGCAGACACUGGUUGCCCAGCACGACGACAAGACCCUUGGGAUGGAGGCACUCUCGAUGUUGGCGGGCACGUUGGGAGACCGCGUGGAGUUAGUGCGGCUGGAGGGCGUGAAGCUGUUCCGUGCCGUGGUGCGGCGUGCCUACGCACGCGAUGCGAACUGCUUCGGCCUCAUCACGAGUCGCUGCGAGGAGCUCUGCGGUCUCCUCGAGGACGAGGGGGAAAAGGCGUUGACAGCUGUCACGAAGGCCUUGGAGGAGGUGUUUGGAGCUUUCGCUGAUGUCCGUGCCCUAACGGAGGAGAUCGUGCCGCUUUUGUUGGCGCAGGUGCGGGCGAACGCGGCGCGUCUGGCGAACAACGCAGCGGCCGUGGACGGGCUCCGAAGUAUCGUUGAGAGUGUUGUGAGCGCUGCUGGCGGCCAGCAGCUCUGCGGUUCUGUCGUGGAGCUGAGCACACAGCUGCCAGCGCUAUGCACCGCCGGCGCUCGCUCGGAAACCGCCGCGGCGGGUAUUACGAGGGUCAGCCAGACGCUAGCCAACGUGUACGCCGCCACACACGACGCCGCCGUCCUUGCCGCGUUGGGCAGCGAAUACGCCGCCGUGAUGAGCAACACAGCGAUCCCAAUCGGGUGUCGCGCGGCGGCGAUGGAGAGCGUGGCCAAGUGGAUCGCCGCGUGCGGCGUUGCACACUUUGACAAGUCGGUAGCCGCAGCUUUAUGGACUGCCCUAGACACCGACGCCCUGCGACUGCCGGUGCUCCGUGCCCUACACACCAUCACCAGCAGUGCUGUUUCUGCUGCCGCAGUGCCCUCUUCUGUUCUGCAGUCCGUGGAGGCGCUCUUGAACUCGUCGCAGCCCUCAAGCGUGCGAGCGGCCGCAAUGGACGUGCUGCUGGGCCGCCUCUCCGUGCCGUCUGUUGCGCCGCGGGACGCCGCUCACCUACAGCGGCUGAUACAGCUGUACGCGCCGGGCGGUCCUCUCUCGCUGGCGUCUUGCGAGCUGGGCGAGAUGCAGUCGCUGGCGAGGCAGCUGCGACAGCUCUUCCUGCACACCUGCGACGGCGGCAGCACCGCCCCGUUUUACGCGCCAUACAUCGCCUCCAUGUGGUCCCACUUCACGCAGCUCGCCAGCGCGGUGGCGUUUAGCCGAAGUCUCCUGGACGGGGCUCUCGAUGGCGUUACGGCGCUGCUCGCCGCCGUGUACGCGCAAGAGAUGUCGGCGCGCGCAGCGAUGGAGCAAGACCUGGCCGACUUCCUCACUCGCGACCAGGCCCACCUAACAUGCUCGUACACACUGGUACGCUGCAUUGCUGCCAACUCUGUCAACGGCUUUUUAGCGAGACUCGCGAUUCGCAUCCCGGACAAUGGCCAUUUCCUGCUAUGCGUGGGCGCGGCUGGCAGAGAGAGCGCGUUAGACCCGCAGUGGUGCUCGCUGCUGCUGGACAGCGUUACGAGCAAACAGGGCGAGGAGAUGCGCACCUGCGGCGAGGUUGCCCUAUCGUACAGCAUGCUCCACCCCGCGAACGCUUCGACCAUCCUCCUCCCCUGCGGCGAACGUGCGGCGGACGGUAACGCGACGGGGCGCUAUUACUACGUGAAGGCAGUGAAGGAGGCAGCUACCCUGGCGCUGACUCGCCGUGCCACCGCCUUCCACGAACCUGCGAUCUGCGAGAAGCUGCUCACCAUCUUCCUUGGCGCCGCGGCGGGCACCGACUUGGAGGAGCUGUACGACGCCUGUAUCGGCGUGCUCAGCGCGUUCCUGAUUGAAGCCGCAUCAACGCCUCGCAUCGCCAACAUCCUCUUUCGUGAGGACGCCUCGCUUGACACGCGGGUGACGUGUGUGGUCGCGUUGCGGUACUUUAUCAGCGCUCUGGAGGAGCGUGGUGUGAGUGUGGAGGCGUACCGCGCUGCUGUCAUUCAAGCGCUGCUGCAGCUGAAGCGGCCUGCCAACCCGAAAGAAAGCACUGCCCCUUCGCUGCCGCUCCGCACUAUGGCGCUGCGGCUGCUGAUGUCCGUACUCCAGCACCGCCCGCAGUGGCUCCUCUGCGACGAAACACGCGCGACUGUCUUCCCCAAUUUGUUGGCCGAGCUCCGCGAGGACGGUACGCUGCAGGGCACCAUCGACCUCAGCGGGUACACCCACCGCGUGGACAAAGGACUCGAGUGCCGCAAGUUGGCCUUCGAGACGCUCUCCACCGUUUUCUGGGCUGAUCGGCAGCACAACGUCGACUUGGUGUCUUUCUGCAACGCGAAGAGUGACGUGGUGGACGCCCUCAUCGUGGCGUGUAGCCCGCACAACAAAGGCGACCACGACUCCUUCAUCAAUGAAACGGCAAAGGAGCUGCUGAUGCGCUUCGUGGAAAGCAACGCCAACUACGCGUUUACCGAAGCGCAGCUGGACGCGCUGGUUGAUAAGCUGUCACACGAUAUCAAAUCAGGAGCUUCGUCGAACGACGCGCAGAAGACGACGAUGCUUUUGACGGUGAAGUGCGUGAUGCGGUUGAGCGGCAUUUCUGCCGUUGCGUAUCACAAAGGCUUUCAGGAGGUUGCGGAGGUCGCGCGAACGUCUGGGUUGCUCACGCAGAGUCUCAAAAUGUAG